AUGCCAUCAAACCCAGAAUGGGUCAAAGCCCUCAAACCUUCCGGUCCUCAGGGCUCUGAGCUCCUCCAGCAAGAGAGAGCAAAGUCCAGCCUCAAUGUCGACCAACUUGCCGACUUCAUGUUCACCCGGGAGAUCCUCCAGCGGAAUGAACGAAUCCUGAACAUCCUCCAAGCCGAUCCGGUGUUCGACAAGUCCCAGAACUACUUUCGAGGCCGGACCAGCAGAAUAGAGGCUGCUUUGGCUCGAGGCAAGAGACUGCAACAAUUGCAGAUGCAGCACAAAUGGACAAAAGAGGAGUAUCAGGCUGCCAACGAGCUGAUUAGCGAGCCGACUCCCUAUGGCCUCCAUGCGAGCAUGUUCCUCGUCACCCUCCGUGAACAAGGGACACUCCAGCAACACAAGCUCUUCCUCGAGAAGGCAGAGGCAUACAAAAUCAUUGGCUGUUACGCUCAAACCGAACUCGGACACGGCUCCAAUGUGAGAGGGCUGGAAACGAUGGCCGUGUGGAACGCCGAUGACAAGACAUUUACCAUCAACUCGCCAUCACUGACUGCGUCGAAAUGGUGGAUUGGCUCCUUGGGGAAGACGGCUAACCACGCCGUGGUCAUGGCUCAGCUCUUCAUUGACGGUAAGAACUACGGUCCUCAUCCUUUCGUCGUGCAGAUCCGCGACUUGAAGACCCACGAGCCUCUGCCCAACGUCCACGUUGGAGAUAUUGGUCCCAAGUUCGGCUACAAUACCAUGGACAAUGGUUUCCUGCUCUUCAAGAACGUCAAGAUCCCCCAUGUCAACAUGCUCGCUCGCUUCUCCGGUGUUGAUCCGCAGACCAACAAAUACGUUCGACCUUCGAAUCCUUCCCUCGUCUAUGGCACGUUGACCUACAUUCGAAGCAAUAUCGUCCUCCAAGCAGGCGCCACCCUCGCUCGAGGUGUUACAAUCGCGACACGGUACUGCGCAGUCCGGCGGCAGUUCCAGGACCGCGAUGUCCACGAACCCGGUGAGAAUCAAGUCCUCAACUAUACCAUGGUGCAGAUCCGACUCCUUCCCCUCCUGGCAGCCACCUACGCCCUCCACUUUACCGGCAAGAGCAUGAUCAACCUGUACCAAGAGAAUCAGAAGCGCAUGAGUGCCAGCGAUGCUGGCAAGCUCUCCGACUCAAAUCGCGGACCCGGGCCUGAAGAACUCAAUCCUGGCACGGAUUUGCUUGCCGACCUGCACUCUACCAGCUGCGCUCUCAAGGCAUAUGGUUCUACAACUGCCGCCGAAGGUUUGGAGGUCUGCCGUCGCGCCUGCGGUGGCCACGGCUACUCGUCCUUCUCCGGCAUCGGCAGUUGGUACGCCGACUACUUGCCCACCGUGACUUGGGAAGGCGACAACUACAUGCUCACGCAGCAAGUUUCUCGAUACCUCCUGAAGUCUGCCCGUGCGGUCCUCGCAGGAAAAGCCGGCAACAACGACACGACCCGCAUCCUGACUGGAUUCGUCCGUCGCCGUGACAUUGGCUGCGCAUUUGACGUGAUAGGCAAUGAUGAGGACCUGGUCGACGCCUUCGCGUGGCGUGUGGCCUUUUUGACCUUUGAAGCGCUCCGGCACCGCGACGAGGAGAAGCAGUCGUGGAACAGCCUGCUUGUGGACUUCUAUCGCCUGUCCACGGCACACGCCCAGUACAUGAUUGUCAAGAACUUCCAUGAUGCGCUCCAGGACCCUAACACCGAGAGACAAGUCGACGGAGAGACCAUCGCGUUGCUGCACAAAUUGUUCAGGCUAUUUGCUCUGCAAACGCUAGAGAAGGAGGCCAGCGAGUUUUACUCCUCCGCCGCUGUCACCGUGCGGCAGAUCACCCUUGCUCGGACGAAGACAGUCAUGAAGCUUCUGGAGGAGAUUCGUCCACACGCCGUCAGGUUGGUCGACGCCUGGAAGUUCCCUGACUGGCAGCUUGACAGCUCUCUGGGGCGCUAUGAUGGCAAGGUCUAUGAGGACAUGUUCUACCGGGCCAGCGAGCUGAAUCCUUUGAACAAUGUUGUCUUCGACCCAUAUCCAGACAGCAAGGUCCUCUUCAAGAAGGAUGAGAGAAAGGAUCUGAGAAGCAAAUUGUAA